AUGGCGUUUUUCGGCGCUGUGGCAGCGACGACGGCGUACCUCGGAACGUGGCAGACUGAGCGCUACUACUGGAAGGUGGAUCUGAUCAACGAGCGCACGAAGGAGUUGUCGGAGUCCGUUUCGGAGCUACCAAAGAAUGCGACGGCGAGUGACGAUGUUGACGACAUUGAGUAUCGCCAGCUUCGUCUCGAGGGAAACUUCAAACCUGGAAGCACCUUCUACCUGUAUCCUCGCUCGGCCCCCGCUGACCCAAGUGACUCGGUGGCAAGAGUGAAGUCCGGCGGCUACCUUUACUCUUUAUUGCAGCGUGACGAUGGAACGCCAGUGAUCGUGAACCGCGGUUGGCUUCCGCGCAAGCUUUUGGAUGAACACAUUGCGCGUGAAAAGAAGGAGGAGAGUGGAAAGAUUUCUUUUGUUGGCGUUCUUCGUCACGGCGAAGUGAAAAACAACUUUACCCCCGACAAUGACCCCAAGAAUCGCCAAUUCUUUUACUUGGACCAUGAAGAGCUGGCUGAUGCCAUGGGUGUCACUUCGGUGGAUUUGCCAGUCAUCGUCGAUGCACUCGCGGUCGAAGGUGCGAGCGGCGAGACAACGCUGGACAACCCUCUCCGGAAGAGCAUUGCGUCCUACUUGGAGUUUUACAUGACGCCGGAAAAGCACGCUGGCUACGCAGCGACCUGGUUCGGUUGCAGCAUCGCAGCUGUGGUCAUGGGAAUUCUUCGUUUCAAGAAGGGAGGUGCCAGAGCUGUCCGUGCUCCGAGAUUCGAGCACCGUUGA